UGUUAAAUGUUGCAGCGACUGAUUGGCAUCUGUCAAACGCUCAGCAGAAGGGGAAAGAGUUUCUCUCUGUGCCAGAUGUUAAAGAGGGGACUGCGGCUGGGGCUGGGGCUGAGCCCAGUGAGACACUACACCCUGGACCUGCGAGGGAUCUACCCCCCUAUCACCACCCCCUUCAACCCCCUGGGACAGCUACAGUACCAGCAGCUGGUGGACAAUGUGCACAGAUGGAGCCAGUUGCCUUUCAGGGGGUUGGUGGUCCAGGGCUCGAAUGGUGAGUACCCCUUCCUGACGGAGACGGAGCGAGUGGAGGUUGUGAACAGGGUCCGGCAGGUGGUUCCUGCUGACAAGCUGGUGGUGGCGGGGUCAGGCUGUGAGUGUAAGUACAGAGCUCACUGCCCCAGGCUCCAACACUGUGUGUGUGGCUUCCUGAGAGCCAGUGACCUCGUCGUGCAUAAGAGAUUUCAUACAAAAGAGCGUCCAUUCCGAUGUAGCCAGUGUCACCGGGCGUUCUACCAGUCUGGGGACCUGCGCCGCCACGUCAGGAACAUCCACAUGACCAACGCCCGCAUGGUGACCUGCCAUCACUGUCACAAGAAAUACAGCAACGAGGCCACCCUCCUCCACCACAUCCAGGCCGUACACCAGGACCCUCAGCUCAGGCCGGCCGAGGGGGAGAUACAGCAACACACCAGUGAAGUCGUCCUGUGUGAGAGCGAGAGUGCAGCUGGAGAGGCAGAUGUGAUGGGCGCCGACCAAGUCUGCGGGACGUCAGAACCGCCUGCAAGAGUGGAAGCGAACAGCGAGGACAUCCUGCUGGAAGAGGUGCCGGCCACUGUGUUUGCUUCUGAGACAUACCCUCUCCCUGCACAGACAGAAGUGUAUCUCCAGCCUCUCGGGGCAGUCUCUGUACCACACAGCGCAGCACACUCCUAGUGACCUCAGCUCACUGUUACCCUGAGAGGAGAGGGCGUCGUUUGAGAGCAGGAACUGAACAAUAAAUUACAUUUGUACAGCGCCUUUCAUAUCAGGAGGACGUCCUAAGGCCCUGGACACAGCUUUGGAGAGGUGGAGUAACGAACCUGGUCAAUGAUCAGCGGCUGAAAUUCGGAGUAGGUUAACCUUAAAGAUUUAAAGGCAGAGUCCAUGUGAUACCGUAUCACAACCACCUCUCACUUCUCCUUAAACAAACCCUCUCCACCACUCCCUCCGUCAGCCCAGCCACAAAUGUAAUCCCAGGAGCCUGGGUAAAGGAAGGGAAAAAUACCAGGGCUCCUGCUAAUCAUGGGGCUUCCCCCCAUACCCCCCAGAUAUCACACAGGAGUUGGUACCUGGUGAGAUCCUCUCACACCUCGCUGAGGUUUGCUGCACUCGCACAAAUAAUAAUAAUAAUAAUCCUUGCAUUUGAUAUAGCGCCUUAUCACGUCUUUGAUAGCUUCCCAGACCAUGGAUCUGAUCAGUGAAACAGUGAGCGACAAACAUACAGAUUUAUUAUUUUUGUACAGUUGUAUUAAGUUGGCUUUGCUAUCAGGAAAAGGCAGAUUUGGAAAAAAUAUUCCAAAAGCUGGACGUCUCUCAAGCGUUCUGAAUUCCUGUGUUUAGAUUUGUGUUGGGAGCACAUACAGAGCCUGGAAUCCUAGCUGUGCUUCACAAACUUUCGCGCCUACUCCUUUCAUUGGUCCUUUCAUUGGAUAAGUGAAGUCUCUGAGCUAUCAGGUAGGGUUAGUACUGAUGAUCAUGGUCCAGUCACUUGAGCCAUGCAGUGUAACUUGUCAAUCAACCGUUGCACAUUGAUUAACUUUGGGUUCAGAAAUGAGUUUGGUGCAAUUGUGAAAUACGUUAUAACAAAUAUACCCCAAGAUGGUGAUUAAAUCCUGCACAGCACCACAAGCAAAUCUAGUCUGGCCUGACCAGGCUCAUUUUAGAUCAAUUCCUACUUCUUACCUCAAGUAUCACAAAGCACGAGCAUUUUUUUUAAACUUUUAUCUAGAACUAGAUUUUCCAUCACUGUGUGAACAGCACAAACACAACUUGGAAAUCUCUACAUAUGUAACUGGUAUUUACUGAUGAUAGAAGCUGAUCAACAUGAUAGAGGGGGUAGUGGUGGAACUAAAUGGUGGAUAAUGAAGAUCUGGACUAUAACAAGUCUAGUUGAUGCUGUAUUUGAAUGGUCUCUUCAAAAGUGACCUGGAUACAUAUGUAGUUGGGGACAAUACAAUGGUCUUGUGCAAGGAGGAGAUCGAAUAUGCAGAAGGGUCUUUUUCAUCCAAACUUUGCACGUAAAUGUUACAGGGACAUAUCCAGACCAGAAUGAAGAAAUUACCCACAGGAUAUAAUGGUUUCUGUGCUACCAAAUCUGGAGGAAAAGGAAAUGUCUUUGUUGGGAAGCAGGCCAGGUCUGAACAGCAGAGUUAGGGGGAAGUAUUUCUGCGUAUUGUCUUGGGAAUCUGAAUAUUUCUGUACAACUUUCCCCAGAAGACAACGUGGAUGGAUUUCAUGAUUGGAUGUUUUUUCAUGGUCUAUAGAAAGGAAGGUGGGGGAGGGGGGGAAACCUGCUAAUGGCCUUUUCUCAUUCCAUGCUUCAUGUUUUUAAUUCAUACUCAACUGGCAGUAUGAUUUAAGGAAUGGGACAAUAAAUAAACAUUAUCUCUGA